AUGUCUGAGCUACUUAAAAACUUUUUUUAUUUAUUUCUUUUUAUUAUUUUUUUUUAUUUCACUUCUCCCUUUUUAUCUCUUUGUGUAUAUUUUCUACUCGCUCUCCUUCUCUCUCUCUCUCUCUUAGUCUUUUUCUUUUCAUUUCUCUCUUUUCUUCUCUUUAUUUGCUUUUUUUUCUUUUAUCUCUUCUUUUUAUUUUCUCUUUUUUUCUUUCAUUCAUUUCUGUUCUUUUUUUUUUUUUUUAAAGCUUCAUUCUCUUUCUUUCUUCAGUUCUCUUCCCCUCUUCUUUCUCUUUUUUUCUUCUUCUUCGCCCUGUUUUCUUUCCUCUCUUUUCUGUAUUGUAUUUCAUUUCUUUCUUUUCUCUUUUUCUUUUACUCCUUAUCUUAUUUUAUUUUUACCUCUUCAAUCUCCUAUUCCAUUUAUUCUUUCCUCCCUACCAAUUAUAGUUUUUUUUUUUUCCUUUCACGUUUCCUUCAUUUUUCAUUCUUUCUUUCUUCAUCUUUACUUCCCCUUAUCCUAUUUUCUUCUUCUGUUCUUUCCUUUUAUUCAUGUCCCUCUUUCAAGUUCUCUAUUUUAUGUUGGCGUCAUAUCUCUCCAAGAAAGCAGUUCCUGGUUUUUCACUAA